AUGGGGGACGCGGGCCUCGACGGCCCGCCGGUGGGCGGGAGGAUAGACAGGAUCGUGGUGGAGAACUUCAAAAGCUACAAGGGCCGGCAGAUCAUCGGGCCCUUCAAGAGCUUCACCGCUAUUAUAGGCCCCAACGGCAGCGGCAAGAGCAACCUAAUGGACGCCAUCAGCUUCGUUCUGGGCAUCCGCACGCAGCAGCUGCGCGGCUCGCUCAAGGAGCUCCUCUACAGUGCGGGCGACGCGGCGCCGGGCGGCGGGGGGUCGCGCGACCAGGAAGCCGCGCGCCCGCGCCGCGGGUACGUGCAGCUCGUAUAUGAAACAGAGGGCGGCGAGGAGGUCACGUUUGCGCGCGGCAUCCAGCAGGCCGGCGCGGGGCCGGACGCGGCCUACCAGAGCGUUUACAAAAUCGACGACAAAACAGUCACAUGGGACGCGUACUCGCAGCGGCUGGGCUCUUUUGGCAUCCUGGUCAAGGCGCGCAACUUCCUUGUUUUCCAGGGCGACAUCGAGAAGGUGGCCAGCCGCAGCCCCGAGGGCCUCAUGCAGCUGUUUGAGCAGAUCAGCGGCAGCGAGGCCUAUAAGAAGCCCUAUGAGGAGGCCGAGGCCGCAAAGCGUCGCGCCGAGGAGAAGGCUGCGGGCGUCUUUGCGCGCAAGAAGGGCAUCCAGCAGGAGCGGCGCCAGAAAAAGGAGCAGAAGGAGGAGGCUGAGAAGUUCCUGGAGCUGCAGGAGCAGCUGCACGCGCGCAGCUAG